AGGCGUGAGCGCUACGUCAACAUGCAGCGGCUCUACACCGCAUACGUCAUAUUUAUGCGACACGCCGGACUGAAAACAGCAACUGCUGGCUGCUUUUGUACUUUGUUUGCUGCGUCUUGUUAAUUUAUCGAGUGAAUGCGUUUUGGUACCUCUACCAGUUAGUGAACUGACAAAGAUAGCGGUAGGUUUUUCUUUUUACAGCUUGUAAAAUGCACCAAUUCAGCCGGAGCUAGUUAAUCCAAGCUGCGUUAACGUGCUCCUUCCUACAUGUGUUGUGACAGUGACAGGUUUUACAUUUAGUGCGUUUUCUUGCUCACGGCGGUAUGAGUUAUGGCUACGGCGGUGGAGGUGGAAGAAGAAGCAGAAAAGGAGGUAGAGAGUACAGGGAUGGGAGCAGAGAGAGACUGGACAGAGGAGGAGGAGGAGGCGGCGGCGGCGGCGGUGGCGGUUCCGACCUCGACCAGGACCGAGGAGCAGGAGGAGGUCAGAGGGACCGUCCUCCUCCACACCUGAGGGGCCGGGAGAUCGGUUUGUGGUACGCGCGUUAUGGAGCCGUGAGGAGGAAACAAGCGGACCGUAGAUCGCGGGCCGUGGUCCAUAUGGACGAGGCCAGAGAGGAACACAUCACCAAGCUCCUUAACUCUGUCCAGAGUGACCCAACAAGAGACAGCAGGGGCGCACAGUCCUCAGCGUCUGACGCCUGGCGGACAGCAGCCAGCAGCAGCGGCCACUGUUACUUUGAUGGGGAUAUCCCUGAAGAAGAGAAGCAGAAGUUGGAGGAAGAGGAACAGAAGAAAACAAGCCGCACAUCUCAACGUGGCUCCUCUACAGCAGCUAAAGAUGAACCUCCAGACAACUGGGAUGAAGAUGAUGAGGACGACGUGGAGAAAGAAAAACCGAUGAGCGAAGACAAGGAUCUGGAGUUCUUAUUUCAGGAAGUAGUCAGUGACACAUCAGUGGAUGAGGACUUGAAAAGAGAUUUGCAAAGCAAAAAAACUGAUCGAAAUUACAAAGAAAUGUUGAAAUUCAGGGAAAAACUACCAUCAUUUGGAAAGAAAGAGGAUCUGGUGCGGCUCAUCAACUCCAACCGCGUCUUGGUGGUCAGCGGGGAGACGGGGUGCGGAAAGACCACUCAGGUCACCCAGUUCAUCCUGGACGACCACAUCAGCAGAGGGCGGGGCUCGACGUGCCGCGUGGUCUGCACGCAGCCCCGCCGCAUCAGCGCCAUCUCCGUAGCAGAGCGUGUAGCUGCAGAGAGAGCAGAAAGUGUAGGAAAUGGAAAUUCCUGUGGUUACCAAAUACGCCUGCAGAGCCGGUUACCACGGAGACAAGGUUCAAUACUGUACUGUACAACAGGAAUUAUUCUUCAGUGGCUCCGCUCUGAUCCGUUGUUAUCCAGUGUCAGUCACCUUGUGCUGGACGAGAUCCACGAGAGAAACCUUCAGUCAGACGUUUUGCUCGUCAUCGUGAAGGAAUUGCUCAACCUCCGAGAUGAUCUCAAGGUCAUCCUGAUGAGUGCCACCCUCAACGCAGAAAAGUUCUCUAAAUAUUUUGAUAAAUGUCCAAUGAUCCACAUCCCUGGGUUGGCCUUCCCAGUGGAAGAGUUCCUACUGGAAGACAUCAUUGAGAUGACCAGAUAUCGUCCGCAGAAUCAGGACCGUCGGCCUGCGUGGAAGAGACGCUUUUGGCAGGGCCACCAAUCCAGAUCGGAGAAGGAGGAGAAGGAGGAGGAGUAUAAGGAGAGCUGGCCAUGUUACGCACGAACUCUGCAGGGCAGAUACUCUGACAGCACGAUCGAGGCGGUGGAGAUGUUAGACACCGAUGAGAAGAUUGAUCUGGAGCUGAUCCUGGCGCUGAUCCGGCACAUUGUGCUCAACGAGGGGGAGGGAGCAAUCUUGGUUUUCCUGCCCGGCUGGGACAACAUUAGCAGUCUGAAUGACCUCCUCAUGGCGCAGCAGAUGUUCCGAUCAGAAAGGUUCGUCAUCAUCCCUCUGCACUCCCUCAUGCCCACUGUUAAUCAGACGCAGGUUUUCAAAAGACCCCCGCCAGGAGUUAGAAAGAUUGUGAUUGCAACCAAUAUCGCGGAGACCAGCAUCACCAUAGAUGAUGUCGUUUAUGUGAUAGAUGGAGGAAAGAUUAAGGAGACUAACUUCGACACCGACAACAACAUCAGCACCAUGACGGCCGAGUGGGUUAGCCUGGCUAACGCCAAACAGAGAAAAGGACGUGCUGGCAGGGUGCAACCAGGAAAGUGCUAUCAUCUGUACAAUGGGCUUAGGGCCAGCCUGCUGGAAGCCUAUCAAUUACCUGAAAUUAUGAGGACACCGCUGGAGGAGCUCUGCUUGCAGAUAAAGAUUCUGAAGCUCGGCUCCAUUAGUCGAUUUCUGGAGAAGGCCUUGGACCCGCCGAGCGAGAAGGCGGUUAACCUCGCCAUUAAGAGCCUCACAGACCUGAACGCUCUGGACCACGCAGAGAACCUGACGGCGCUGGGUUUCCACCUGGCGCGGCUCCCCGUGGAGCCGCACAUCGGCAAGCUGAUCCUGUUCGGCGCUCUGCUGGGAUGCCUCGACCCCGUGCUCACCAUCGCCGCUUCGCUCAGCUUCAAAGACCCUUUCUUCAUACCCCUGGGUAAAGAGAAGAUGGCAGACAUGAGGAGAAGAACUCUGUCCAGAAACUCAAAGAGUGACCACCUCACUAUUGUUUACGCCUUCAAGGGAUGGCAGGAAGCCAAGCAGCGGGGCUCCAGGUAUGAGAGGGAGUACUGCUGGGACAACUUCCUGUCUGCCAACACACUCCAGAUGCUGCACAACAUGAAAGGUCAGUUUGCCGAGCAUCUCAUGAGUGCUGGCUUUGUCAGCAGCAGGGAUCCCAAAGACGCUAAAUCCAAUAUCAACUCGGACAAUGAGAAGUUGAUCAAGGCAGUGAUUGUUGCUGGGCUGUACCCUAAGGUGGCCAUGAUCCGACCCUCUUACAGCAAAAAGAGACCUGGGGUCAAGGUGUACACCCAGACCGACGGAAAGGUCUGCAUCCAUCCCAAAUCUGUCAAUGCUGAAGAGAGGGAAUUCAACUACACAUGGCUCAUUUACCACCUGAAGAUGAGAACCAGCAGCAUCUUCCUGUACGACUGCACCGAGGUGUCGCCGUUCUCGCUGCUGUUCUUCGGGGGAGACAUCAGCAUCCAGAAAGACGAGGACCAGGAGACCGUCGCGGUCGACCGCUGGAUCGUCUUCAGGUCCCCGGCGCGCAUCGCUCACCUCGUUAAGAGUUUGAAGAGAGAGCUGGAUUCGCUGCUGCAAGACAAAAUCAGUAACCCGGCUCCUGUGGAUUGGGAUAACCGUCAGUCCAAAGACUGCGCCGUCAUCACGGCCAUCAUAGACCUCAUCACUACCCAGGAAAGGCCCGCAGGCAGCAGCAAGGACGACGGCAGGACGUGGGCGUCUGCUCCCAGCGGAAGGCACACUUACUUCGAUGAUGACGACGACGACGACAAUGAUUGAAAGUGACCGGGCGUUUGGCUGGCAAUGAAGAGAGGAGGCUUUUGCGAUGACUGACUGCAUCUCCAGACAUGAGUUUGUUGGAAUAUUUAUGAUAGACAGCUGGCCUCCUUGAUGCUUCUGCUUGGUUUUAAACUUUAGUUCUCCCUAGAUGCUGAAGGCCAAACACGGAAGGCUUAGUGCUGAAAAAAUGAAAAUGAAUCGUGCUUCGCUUUUUUAAGAUUAUUCAAGGACCAACCUGUCUGUAUGCAUCCUUUUUUUGUUUCGUUUGUACAUUUUAUGUUUGGGAAAGUUUCACCUUUUUUCCACAUAAUUGAUUAUGCAAUAAAGAAGCUACUUAAAAUCACUCUGUGCGACGUCUACCACCUUUUCAGUUAAAUGCCUAGAGAAAGGGUGUUUUCACACAUGAUAGUUUGGUACAGUGGGUUCGAUUAGGGAUCGAAAUGGCAACAUUUGUUCCAUUUUCAGCUGGUUCGGUUCGCAUUCUGGCUGCACCGUGUCAAAGGAUCCAAACCCCGUGAAAAACCUGUUCACCCUGUGGUGGCGCUGUGCAAGAAUCAUUGAAGGAAACGACACGAAAGCCUCUGAAGAAGACAUGAGCUCAACUUCUUUUCUUGCAAACUGAAAACAGAAAUGGUUUAAUGUCAGAUUUUAAGUUGAAGGAUUUCUCUCCUGUCAUUCGUAAAAGUAAUUGUCUCCUACUAGAAAUAAGCCAGCACGCUCGUUUUGGUCUUAUUUACCCAGAAUACCCUCUGCCGCAGCCUGCUUCUUGCUUUUGGAGCUGUCUCCGGCCCGCUUGGCUUUCACAUAUGCAUUCGAACCGCACCAGAGUUCACUUCAACCGAACCGACACCCGGGUCCUGAAAUACAGUUGAACGUUUACUGUUACCACCCACUUUUAUCUCUACAGCUUAGGUUUUUAACAUUUUUUUUGUCCAGAAUUGGGUUAACACGGGGAAUGCAAAUGUUGCAGUCCAUUUCUUCAGUACCACUGUGUGUACUUUCUCUUGAAGCACAGACUCCAGUUGCGGAUCACAUAUUGUGAAUCUCUCUCAAACUCUUGCCUGAGCUUUGCUCUCCUUUUUAUUCCAGUCGCUCCUUUUCUUACCUCAGCUUAUCCUUCCACUCCGUGUUCCAUUAAUAUGCUUGCAAACGGCAUUUUGAACUGCCAGGUUCCUUGGCUCACACACCUUGGUGAUGAAACUGAACUGGAGAGUCAAGGGUGAAGAUGUCUGCGAGACGGGACCGGCUGUACUUCGAGGAAUCGUAGCUCUUUCAGUGUUUGCACCGAGAUGCUGCGCAAGUCUUUUGUGUGUAAUUUCUCUGAAUAGACACUAGGUGGUGGAAGAGUGCCUUCCUCUGGACAAAAAAGUGUCCUUCUGAAAUUUUUUUUUUGUUUGCUUUUUUAUUUUUACCUGCAUGUAUAAUUAUGUAGCAUUUCUGGAUCUCAUCCCACCUCACGCAGACACUUGAUUAAGAGAGAUCCAUCACACUUGAUCAACAAAUUUAUUUCACAAUGUAUUCACUGACAAAAAGACGUAAAAAUAGCUUUUGGUUAUUAAAGUGAUCUGACACCAUGCAUUAUCAGCAGCAGUAAGCAUGUACAUAUAAAUAAUGUAUAUAUAAAUGUGUGGAUUUAAAAUGCUUACUAACUCUGUCGACAUCAAUGUGGUGUUGCUACACUUUGUUGUUGCCAAUUUGCUAGAGAGACUGUAGAGCACUGAACAUGAUUAAACUCCUGCAUCAGACAACAUUGGGCUAUUGAUUUGAAACGGGUUUAUUAUGUGGUGUUCAAGCUGUGCCUGUACUAAAUCUUGCACUACCAAAGCAGCCAGAGGUUUCACGUGCCGCACAAGGUACGACGACGUUUUCCCCACUUACACACCUGCCGCGCAAAAUAUCUGUUAAAAUAUGAAUUGAUUUUUUUUUUAGGUUUUGUAUUCCUAUUUAAAAUGUUGAACUACGGCAAUACAUUUAAUUUCCAAUAAAUGAUUCAGAUUCAUGUGUUCAGUGUGCAAGAGCAUCUGACUGUCAACAUGCAGAAUGAAAUGAUCACUUGGAAAACGACACGGAGAGCAAUUACACUUUUAUUAAGAGACUAAUCAAAAUUGCUUUUUCUUCCGAUAUAAAUCUGUAUUCAAGAAAACACAAAUGUUACUGUACAUAUUUACACAUGCAAAUCUGUUGCUUUUUGUCUCUUUUUUUGAAAAUAGUUACAAAAGGAGGAAUAUGUUGAAGCAAAAGAAGUUCAUCAAUUGCAUCAAUUUUUUUUUUUUUUUUCCUGAGUGCAAACGUAAAGCCACACAAGAGGUGCGUGUCCAUUUGGCGGGAUGGAGAGGGGCUUAUUCUGUACAACAAAACCUCAGCUUGUGGUCAACAUCACUGUUGGGUCCAGAGCUGUUGGCUUGAUAAAUUGUGUUAUCGCCAAAUUGUUUUCUUUUUUUUUUUUUUCCCCUUUAGCCGGGCAACAAUAAAUGAUGACUCACACACUGGACAAUCGCAUUAAAAGCAGGGGCCAGGCAGGGGUCUGGUCUCACCGACGGCAGACGCACAAUUUCUUUAACGUCACAUGCAUUCAUAAAAUAUACAUACAUGGGAUUAUUUAUACACCGCCGCGUCUGGCUUGCAUCAAUAGUGAUAUUUCUCUGUUGGGGGCGGGGGGAGAAUGAUGGUGCUUGAGACGUAAAUGUAGAGUCUGAUUCAUGAGGGUGACAUUAACCGCUGACAAACGGCAAGUUGGAGUGCAGAUACUUGGCCCUUCUGCUCGACUGGAUGCCAUAAUAGAUCCCUUCUUCUUCCCUGAUGGCUGUAAUUUGUUUUUUUGUUUUGUUUU